ACGUCAUCACCAAGGGCCCUCAUAGAGUGGAGCCGACAGUGGAGCGUCUGAUGUCUCCAGCAGGUGUAAACAUGGAUUUGUUGUGUGGUCCGUUGGGUUUGGGCGUGGUAGCGGGUCUGGGAUGCGGGCUCCUUCUCGGUUGGCACCUUCGAGGACGCUUCGCCCCAGUAUCCAAGAGCCUGAUGGAGGCGAUGGGGAACGGCGAGGCGAGUGUGAUGGGAGAAGGAGGCGAGUUCAAGAUGGUCCUGGUGGUCCGUAAUGACCUGAAGAUGGGCAAGGGGAAGGUCGCCGCCCAAUGCUCCCACGCUGCCGUGUCGGCGUACAAGCAGGUCCAGCGCAGGAACCCUGAGCUUCUCAAACAGUGGGAGUACUGCGGCCAGCCCAAGGUGGUGGUGAAGGCCCCCGAUGAGAACACCCUGAUCGAUCUGCUGGGUCACGCCAAAGAACUGGGGCUUCCUGUCAGCCUGAUCCAGGACGCAGGACGGACACAAAUUGCACCAGGGUCCCGCACCGUGCUGGGUAUCGGCCCAGGCCCGGCAGAUCUGAUUGAUAGUGUCAGUGGAGAGUUGAAGCUCUACUAGAGUUCCAGCUUCCACCAGUUGGACUCGCAAACAAUUCCCUUUGUAGAUAAAACUAUUUGGAACUUACAGCUGAGCUUUAAUGAGUUUAUAUUUUUAUAUAUGGCAACAAUUAUGUUUUAGAAAUCAGUGACUCCUGGAUCAGUAAUAACAGCUUCAUGUGUGUUUCUUUACUGACUGUCCAGUAUGUUCUCAAUGAUAACAAUCAAUCUACAAAAUAAAUUAUCAAACUAGAAAA